AUGGCCUCACUGAUUGAUGAAUCCCAAAGCGCUUUUGUUGCGAACAGACAAAUCCUAGAUGGCGUGUUGAUCGCAAAUCAAUCGAUUAGAUGGCUGAAAAAAAGAAAUAUCCCUGGAACUCUUAUAAAACUAGACUUCCAAAAGGCAUACGAUUCUGUUAGUUGGAACUUCUUGAAACAAGUCAUGGAAAAGUUAGGAUUUGGUAGGAUAUGGACAAAGUGGAUUAUGGACUGUGUUAGUACCGCAUCGAUGUCAAUCCUCCUCAAUGGCUCACCCUUAAAACCGUUCAAGAUGGAAAAGGGUCUGAGGCAAGGUGAUCCCCUGUCAUCAUAUCUUUUCCUACUGGUUAGUGAAGCCUUGGUCUACCUUCUCAGAAAGGCUGAGGAAAGGAACCUGAUCGAGGCAGUUUGUAUAGGAAAGGAAAAGGUAAAUCUGAAACACCUACAAUUUGCUGAUGACAUCCUUAUCUUUGCGCCUAGAAACACCAUGUGCAUAACGAACUAUUUUAGAAUCCUCGAUGUCUUUGCCAUGAUAUCGUUGAGAAAGGUGAAAGAAGGAACGUGGGCACAACUUCUGAGCAAUGAAGCCAACACAAUCAAAAUCAGAUCGAUUGUAGAAGAGGGUAUGAUCUUAAAAGUAGGGCACGGAACUUCAGUUCGAUUUUGGCAUGAUAGAUGGUGUGAAACCGGGAUACUUAAGAGAAUAUUCCCAACACUAUAUGCGAUAUCAAUUCAAAAAAAUUGCUUCAUAAGCCAGAUGGGGUAUUGGGUGGAGGAAGGGUGGAUAUGGAACCUCGAAUGGCGCAGAACCCUAUACGAAUGGGAAAAUGAGGAAGUCUCCACACUCAAACACCAUAUCGAACAAAAAAGUCCAUAUAGAGAAAUAGAGGAUGGUGUGUACUGGAAACAUUCUAGUAAUGUGGGAUACCCUGUAAAGAGCAUCGUUGAAAAAAUGGACGAAUCUCAUGCUCCAAUCCUCCCCAAACCCAUCAUAAACCUCGUAUGGAAAAUUGUCUUACCCCCAAGAGCACAAAUGUCAUUACGGAUGGCAAAUCUGGGAAAACUAAAAACUGGAGACCAUCUACUGAGACAGGGGAUUAUUGAACCACAACAAGCCACUUGCUCUUUCUGUGACCUUGAAACAGAAUCCAACUAUCACAUUCUUUUUACAUGCAGAUUCUCAUGGUGUUCUUGGAUGAAAAUGCUAGAAUGGUGGAAUAUCUCCGGCGUCCUCAUGAAUCAGAGUAGUUCAUUCACCAUCCAGUGGAUGGGAUUGGUAAAAAACCGAAAGCUUCAAAAUCUAAGGAGCAUGAUCCUAGGAUGCGUUAUAUGGUCACUAUGGUUUGAAAGGAACAAAAUAAAAUUCGACGGCGGAUCACCAAAUCUUCAGAACUUUGUCUGCUCGCUCAAGAUCAAAAUAGGAAUAUGGGCAAAGGAAAUGAUAGGCUAA